GCCAGUCAGUGUCGCAGCGAGGGCUACAAAGUAUGCGACCAGGUUCCUAGCCGGCUACAUUUUGGCGCCGGGCCCUCAGCAUGGCUGCCUCCAGGGUUGAGGGCUGGGGAGCUGCCACACCCUCAUUUUGCUGACCGUCCCUGGAGUCUGUGAUCUUCUUGUCUUUCCUGGGCCACACUAGCAGACAUGUUCGCUAAGGCCUUUCGGGUCAAGUCCAACACGGCCAUCAAGGGGUCGGACAGGAGAAAACUUCGGGCCGAUGUGACAGCUGCUUUCCCCACCCUCGGAACAGAUCGGGCCUCUGAGUUGAUCCCUGGGAAGGAAGAGCUAAAUGUGGUGAAGUUGUAUGCCCACAAGGGAGAUGCAGUGACUGUGUACACGAGGGGUGCUAACCCCAUCCUGUUUGAACUGGAGAAAAAUUUGUAUCCAACAGUGUACACACUGUGGUCCUAUCCUGAUCUCCUACCAACGUUUACAACAUGGCCUCUGGUACUUGAAAAACUGGCCGGGGGAGCAGAUUUGAUGCUGCCAGGGGUAGUGGUGCCCCCUACUGGUCUGCCUCCCGUACAGCAAGGUGACCUCUGUGCCAUUGCCUUGGUGGGGAACAGAGCUCCCGUAGCAAUCGGAGUGGCUGCCAUGUCCACAGCUCAGAUGCUGGCGUCAGGCCUGAAGGGGAAGGGCUUCUCUGUGCUCCACACUUACCAGGACCACUUGUGGAAAUCUGGAGACAAGUCCACUCCACCUGCCAUUGCCCCAUUGGCAGUGAAUCCCACAGAUAGCAGUGAAGAGAAAGUGGGCCUUGAUCUGCAAGGAAACCUGAGCAGCCUGACCCUGGAGGGAGAGGAGGAGACCAGGAAACUUCAUCACUCAGAAGCCUCUGAAGACAACAGCUCUGGGGCCCUGAGCCAGAAUUCCUCGGAUGGCAAGCCCCUUCAAGAGCAAAUGGAUGAGCUGUUACAGCAGUGCUUCCUGCAUGCCUUGAAGAGUCGAGUCAAAAAAGCUGACCUCCCUUUGCUCACCAGCACGCUCCUGGGCAGUCACAUGUUCUCCUGCUGCCCUGAAGGACAGCAAUUGGAUAUAAAGAAGUCAAGCUAUAAAAAGCUCUCUAAGUUCCUGCAGCACAUGCAGCAGGAGCAGAUUGUCCAGGUCAAGGAGCUGAGCAAAGGGGUGGAGAGCAUUGUGACUGUGGACUGGAGGCACCCGAGGAUCACAUCUUUUGUCAUCCCCGAGCCUUCCCUGACUUCCCAGACUGUCCAGGAGGGUAGCAGGGAACAGCCCUAUCACCCUCCAGAUAUAAAAUCCCUCUACUGUGUCCCAGCCAGCAUGACCCAGCUCUUCCAGGAGUCUGGCCACAAGAAGGGGAGCACCCUUGAGGGCAGUGAGGUCCGAAGGAUCAUCGUUGACUAUGCCAAGAGGAACAACCUGGUGGAUGCAGACAACAAAAAUCUGGUGAAAUUGGAUCCUAUCCUCUGUGACUGCCUCUUAGAAAAGAAUGAACAGCAUGUGGUCAUGAAGCUUCCGUGGGACUGUCUCCUGACCAGGUGUUUCCAAACUAUGCAGCCUGCCUACCAAGUGACGUUUCCUGGACAGGAACCCAUUCUGAAGAAAGGGAAACUCUGUCCGAUUGACAUCACCCUUGCACAGAAGUCUUAUAAUAAAAAGGUGACUGUGGUCCGUAACUUGGAGACCUACGGCCUCGAUCCAUGUUCAGUGGCUGCCAUUCUCCAGCAGCGAUGCCAGGCCAGCACCAUCGUCUCUCCUGCCCCUGGGGCCAAAGACAGUCUACAGGUGCAGAUUCAGGGAAACCAGAUCCACCACCUCGGCCAGCUAUUGCUUGAUUCUCCCCUGCCCCACGUGCCUGUGUCCCGCUGCUAAUGAGAAUGAAGUCCAUCUAAGCCUGGAGUCCUCAACUGACCAUGUGGUCACCCUAGAGCCUCCUUUCUGCUACAGAGAUCAGCACCCACCACACCAGUGACAGUCACUGAAUUUUAACACUGUAGGCCUGGGAAGCACCGCUGCUAAGUUAAGACCCAGCCUGUGGAACAUUCACCCAAGCUGGGCUGAUCAAUGUGUCCGGCUCUAGGGAUCCGAGUGGGUCUUGCAUGGUCUGUGAAGCUGGCAAGGAGGGACUUCUAACAUCUGGAGUGGGAGGCAGCUGGCAGGAUGUAGGGACCCAUUAAGAUGCCCUCUUAGAUCUCUGAAUUGGAUCUUGACUAAUGCCCAAGGAAAAACAGUUGCUGGGACAUCUCUCAUUUGCUUGACGUGUAAGCCACGGGAGCUCACGGGCUGUCUUCAUCUACUGUUGGCUCAUUCAUCUGGGGGCUUUCAGACUGGAGCCUCUCAUGCGUCUUUACCUGUGGGACUCUCCAUCCCCAGACUAUAAGCUGGGGACAUACCUACAGACCAGACAGACCUGGCUGUGGCUGGCCCUGCCUCGCCUUCUGACCAUUUCCAGUGAGAACGGGCAGAUGUAUGGCUGCUGUUUUAUACUUUAUUCUGCCCAUCUCUAAGGCAGGCAGGCUGUCACUCCCAGCCCAUUCUCACAUUCAUCUACAAAAGAAGAGUUAAGUGACAGAAAACUCCUGAAGCUCCUUGGAAGGUUUCAGUCAACCUCCAGCCAUUUCCUUGUUGAAAGGGCCACGAUGUUGUGGCUGCGGAAGGCCUGUUUCCACGCCUACUUUGGACCACAGUGAGUCACAGCUGCCUUGGCCUUAGGUUUCUUCUUCCUGUUCUCCUUUUAUUCAUUACAUCAACCCCUCUGUUCUCUUCUCUUUCCACAAGCCUGGGAAAUGAUACAAGUACAUACCACGGGUCCCUUCCAGACAGGCAGAAGACAGCAUCCUGACCUCAGCAUCGGAAGGUCUAGCCUUCCAGGUGUGCAGGGAAGCCCCAUCUACCUGGGAGUGUCAGCAGCCUGCGCGUGUGUGGCCAAUACUGUGAACCUUGCUCCCAUAGAAUGCCAGCGUCAAAUGUCAGCACCCAGUUCAGGCUGGCUGCUGCCCACACGGAACCUGCCAGGCAAGAUCUAACCUACAGAUGCAGUGAAUCACUUAACAAAGUAGGCAAACCAGUGGGCCCUGUCCAAGAGCUCAGAAUCCACCAGCAGCCUGGGAAGCACCAUAGAUUCUAGACUAAGGGUUCCUAACCUUCCGGACGCUUUGGAGUCGUCUGGGGGAUUUUCUAGAAAUAUGGCUUUCUGAACUUUCUCCCCAGAGAGUGCUGAUUUCAUUGGUCCAGGGUGCAGCUCAGGUACAAGGAUUUUAGAGAUCACCCUGGUGAUUUCAACAUGUUUCAGGGUUUAGAAACUGAGACCCUCCGACAAUUCCAUCCCACUACAGCACUGAUAUUUUGGGCCCAAAAGAUAACUGCUGCCCCCACGCUUUUCCUAAAAAACAGUAUCCACUGUGUCAACAACCCAGGAAUUUUUCCAAGCAUGAGGUAGACCCUGAUCUCUGUUCACCUUACAGAUCCCAAGCCCUCUUGGUGAAAGAAUC